AUGGUGCUCCUCGCGGCCUCGUCGGUGGUCUGCAAGGAACUCCUCUUUCGGUGGUCCAAACGCGUCGGGGAGCGGGCGGGAUCGCGGGUGGUGGUCGCGAACGCCUAUCACCACCGCGCGGAUGCCUGGAGCGGCGGCGUCGCGUUGAUCGGCGUCGGCGGGCAGAUGAUGGGGAUCCCCGGGGUGGAUGGGAUCUCAGGCCUCGUCGUUUCCCUGUCGGUGUGUAAAAUGGGGUACGACCUGCUGCGCGAUUCCGUGCUCGAGUUUUUCGACCACCAACGCGGCGAGGACGUCGCGCGGGUGCGGAAACAGCUGAUGAAGUUCUACGUCUUCUUGGAAGCGGAGGGGAAAUUGCGAUUGGAGAUCAGUGAAUCGGACGCGGAAGGGGAGCGGGACCUCGGGCAGGGGUCCCUUCCCUUGCCGUUGGUCGGGUGUAGCACGGGGUCGUGCGCGCUAUCGGUGCGCGCCACCACCGAUGAACUUCCUCCGCAGGGGGGCCCGGAGACGAACAAGAUGCGGUUUGUGAACGUAUUUUUAACGCGUCACGGUCGCUUCUAUGUGGUGCACAUGAAGGUGUUACUCCGCGAUGACUUCACCGCGCUCCAGCUCCAGACCGCGCUCUCCAAGCUGAAUGCCUAUCUCUCUCGAAGUCUCUCGAUUCAGGAUGUGUUUGCCUCCGUGCAGGUGUGCAGCGAGGUGGCUAUGCCACGAAAGGAGUACAUCGAGCUCUAUAAAAAGGAUAUGAAUGGAGGAACGCAGUCUGAAGCGAAGGCCACGGAGGUGCACACGGCCGCCGAAGGGGAUCUGGUCAAUCCCACCUUGGAGGAUUGCAUGCAUAUGCUUAUCGAUUUCCAUGCCUUUCAGCAUGGAAUCCAGUAUAACUGGGAAAAGCGUGAAAUCUACGUCACUGUGAAACACAAGAAUGACUGCUUUCGCGAUGUGGAAUCCGUUGCGAAGAUGUUUGGGUGUAAACUUAUCGCAAAGGAACCCACGACGCGUAAGCACGGUCAGUGCACCUUGUAA